AUGAUUGCCAAGUUGACGAGCCUGUCUCUAAUGGCUUCCUACAUAAGAAAUCCUGGUUUAACCAGGACUGUUCUCAGCAGAACCUAUAGUACGUCCAAUCCUAACCCUCCCUUGGGUCCUUGCAGUAUUCACACGGGUGUGCAGUCUCUCCUCGGUAAGCCGAUGCCGUUUUUCAAGGGCACUGCCCUCGAUAAAACUGAGCUCGUUGACCUCAACUCAAAGGACUAUUUCAACAACAGCUAUGGGCUCCUGGUGUUCUACCCACUCGAUUUCACCUUUGUGUGUCCUUCGGAGCUUUUGGGGUUUUCUGAACGUCUAGAGGAGUUUCAGAAACGCAACGUCAAGGUUCUGGGUGUGUCGGUGGACUCCCCUUUCAGCCACCUCGCCUGGAAGCAGAUGGAUGUUAAAAACGGGGGCAUAUCUUCCCUCAAGUUCCCACUCUUUUCUGACCUGAACAGGGCUGUUACUUCGUCCUUUGGUCUCCUCAGGGAUGAGGGCUUUGCCCACAGAGCGUCAGUGCUGGUUGAUAAAUCUGGCGUGGUGAAACACGUUGCCUUGUACGACUUGGGGCUGGGCAGAUCCGUGGAUGAGGUUCUGCGUCUAUUUGACGCCGUUCAGUUCUCUGAGAAGACUGGACACGUGUGCCCAGUUAAUUGGAAGUCAGGUGACAAGGCCAUGGAGCCAAACUUUGAGUCCACCAAGGACUAUUUGAAGGAGAGGUUCGAUAAGUAA